GGAUAUCAUCUCAUCCUAAGCUAGCUAUUAUAACCCGAUCAAUCUGGUCGUCAGCAAUGGCGGUCAAGUCUCUAGUUCUUCUCGGUGUCGUAAUAGCCUCGCUCCUACUUCUCUCCCAGGAUGUAGCACAUGCUAGAGAGCUCAUUGAUGCUAAAGAGUCUGAGGAGAAGAAUGUAAAACCUGCAGGAGGGCCGGGCCUGAAGGACGAGAAAUGGGGAGGUGGAAACAAGCAUUAUGGAGGGUAUGGGAAUGGUGGGGGGUACGGUAAUGGUGGAGGGUAUGGAAACGGUGGUGGAUAUGGAAACAAUGGGGGAGGCUAUGGAAAUGGGGGGUAUGGAAACAAUGGUGGAGGAUAUGGGAGUGGAGGUGGAUACCAACAUGGUGGAGGAUACGGAAACAAUGGUGGUGGGUAUGGUGGAGGAUACGGAAAUUCUAGGCAUGGUGGCGGUUAUGGCGGUGGAGGUUAUGGACCCGGAUAUGGUGGCGGUUAUGGUCAUCCAGGCAACGGUGGUGGAUUUGGCGGCGGCGGCUAUGGUGGAGGAUACGGUGGUGGCGGUGGAUACGGUGGAGGUGGAGGAUAUGGUGGUGGUGGCGGGUAUGGUGGAGGUGGAGGUUAUGGUGAAGGAUCCCGUGGUGCCGGCUAUCCUUGAGACGGCUAUGGUGGAAGAGGUCACAAUGAAUGAGUAGAUAUGUAUAUUUGUUUUAACUAAACAUUUGUGUUGAUCUGUGAUAUGCUGCUUGAAUAAAAGAUUUGUCCUUAUGCUCGCAUAUAGAUGUAAUGUUGAGAAAUCGAGCAAGCAAGCUAGGCUUGUGUUGUCUCCUAUGUAUGAAAGAGAAUAUACCUUUUGAAUUGAUAGUGUUUGGCUUC